CUCGUUGAACAAUUGAUUCAUCCAAACCAACCUAAGUUCUAUUAACAAGAAGAAUGCUACGGAAAUUAUGUUCAUCUAUGGACGUGAAAAAAGAUCUACGGAAAUUAUGUUCAUCUACGGAAAUUUGUGACUGCUAGCUACUAGCUAGUAAGGCAGAGUCAACUUUGUCCCCACUGCUCCGUCUCUCGAUGUGUUGGGUUUCUCUUUCUAACUACUCCUCCUCCAAAACCCCUGGGGCUCGGCGCAGGCGCUAUAAAGCCAGCGGAACCUUCUUUCCCUCCUUCUUCACCCUUUACCUUCGAUCUCUGCUCUUGAGGAAGAAGGAAAAAAGAAAUUGACCCAUCAAUUACAUUACUAAUAAAAAUAAAAUGCCGUCUUCCCCAUGAGCCUUUCUCUACUUUCCUUCCCGCAUUGCCAUCUCUCUCUCUAGAAGCUUACUUCUUCUUCUUCUUCCCAUUACUCUUCUUUCCUUCCUUCCUUCCUUCACUUGACUUACUACCACUGCUACUUCCCUUCAUUUCAUGGCAUCCUCCUCCUCCUUUCACCUCUCUUCCCUAUUCGCCCUUCUUCUCCCUUUUUGAUCUUUCUUUCUUUCUUGCUCCCCAACUGCGAUCCGUCGCUUUCUUGAAGCCGACCCACCCCAGAUCCCAAAAAAACCUUCUCAAUUUCCUUCUUUUCCCCCUUUUGCUUUUUCGUGCUCCAAAGUAUUUUUCCGUGGGCGUCUUAAAGGGCAAUGAAGGAUGUUGUUUUCGUGGCUUGCAAGGAUAGCUAUGGCCUGUUGGAGACCCGUGGUGAGGCGGUAUGCCCGUAUGAACAAGGAUGACGGUGGUAGUGGUAGUGGCAACGAGGAUCUCGAGCUCGGCGGCGGAAGUCGAGGUGACGGUGGAGCGGACUCGCUUCUCUGGUCCAGGGAUUUGGAGAAGCAUUCUUGUGGGGAUUUUUCUUUCGCAGUGGUUCAGGCGAAUGCGGUUAUUGAGGACCACAGCCAAGUCGAGACUGGCCGUGAUGCUGUCUUCGUCGGCGUCUACGACGGCCAUGGAGGCCCUGAAGCUUCUCGAUUCAUCUCUGACCAUCUGUUCAAGAAUUUGAUUGAAGUUGCAAAAGGAGGAAACAUCUCAGAAGGCACUCUGAAAGAUGCCUUCUCUGCAACUGAAAAUGGGUUUCUCACUGUAGUGCGUAGAAGCAUGGGAAUAAAGCCAGAUAUCGCUGCUGUUGGAUCUUGUUGCUUGGCUGGGGUGAUUUGGAAUGGCACUCUAUAUGUUGCCAAUGUUGGGGAUUCCAGGGCUGUAGUUGGCUCUCUAGGUGGGUCGAAGAAGAUAGUCUCGGAGCAGUUGACCAAUGAUCAUAAUGCCUGCAUGGAAGAGGUCAGACAGGAACUGAAAUCCUUGCACCCGGAAGAUUCACAUAUUGUCGUUCUGAAGCAAGGAGUUUGGCGCAUCAAAGGCAUUAUCCAGGUGUCUAGAUCAAUAGGCGAUGCAUACUUGAAGAGACCCGAGUUUGCUCUCGAGUCGACAUUCCCACGGUUCCACCUACCUGAACCGGUUCAGAAGCCUGUGCUAACAUCAGAACCAUCUCUGCUGUCGAGAGUUCUGCAGCCGGAGGACAAAUUCCUCAUUUUUGCUUCGGAUGGGCUGUGGGAACACGUCUCAAACCAGGAGGCGGUGGAGAUAGUGUACAAAAACCGACGAACAGGGAUAGCGAGGAGACUCGUGGAAGCAGCAUUGAAUAAAGCAUGCAGGAAGAGGGACAUUGGGUACAAGGAACUUAAGAAGAAGGCAAAGGGGGAAAGGAGGAGUUACCAUGAUGAUAUAACAGUGGUUGUGAUCUUCAUUGACCAUCAUGAUGAAGGGCAGAAUGUGGCGGCGGUUCCUGAGACAUCGUUUCGUGGGUUCAUCGAUACGGUUGGACCGUCCAAGUUUAGCAUAGUUCCUUCUUCACAAGGGGUUUAGCUAUCUAGUUCUAUAGCUCAUAUUUUUUGGUGUUUGAUACAGUGAGAGAGCGAGCGUGGAAUGGAGUAUAGGAAGAAGAGGCUUCUGUGGUUUCAGUUUGGUAGUUUCAGUAUAUACUGAUGAUGAGCUUCAUUCAACUAAUUGUAUAAUUAGCUCAUGACAACAGCAACCCAAUGUGAUAUUUUGCACUCUGAUAAUGAUGUCACUCUUUGAAUCUUUCGCAUAAUGCCAAGUUCUGUUCUGUUCAUUCUUUAAUUG